UGACAGGGUAUGACGUUAUGAUGACGUAAGAAAUCACGUGAUGUUCUUAUCUCGACACGUGGGCAGGUCUGCCUACAAGUGUAUACAAUCUGUGACGUCAUCACAUGGUGUCGUGACGUCAUCGCCCUGUCUUGUGACAUGCUCAGGUGAACGUUUUAACACAAUCAAGAGGGGUGGACUCAGCACUAGGAACCUUCAUACCACAAAUUUGCAGUUUCAAAAAGAUUACUACAAAGUGUUAGGUGUUGAUAAAAAAGCUGCAUCAUCUGAUAUUAAGAAAUCUUAUUAUCAGUUGGCAAAAAAGCAUCAUCCAGAUGUGGCAAAAGACAAAGAUUCAGCUGAAAAGUUUAAAGAAAUCAGUGAAGCUUACGAGGUUCUGGGUGAUGAAACCAAGCGUACUGAAUACGACCAAUUCGGCAGUGGAGCAAGGAACCCCUAUGCUGGAGGUGGAGGUGGAGGUGGUAACCCCUUCGGAGGAUCCAACUACUCCUACAACUACCAAACUAAGGUACGCAAUAAGCAACAAAAUUGGACUAAAUCUAAAUCUAGUAGGAAAAAGAAACCACAUCGUACCCGAAAACAGAGAGUAUCACUUGAAGAAUUUAAGAGAGUGAAGUUAAAAGAAUGGAAGAAAGAUUGGUACAGACAUGAGAACUCUAAGAGAAGAAGAAAAGAUUUUUGGGUCAACCCAGAAGACCUAUUCAGACAAGCGUUUGGAGGAAACUUUGACUUCGAAUCAAUAUUUGGUGCCGAUCCAAGUGGUCAGGGUCAGCAAGCUCAGAACCAAACUAGAACCAGGUACCAGAUGAACAUCAGUUUUCUGGAGUCUUGUAACGGAACGAGUAGGAACGUGACCCUCAGCUACCCGGUCACGUGUACCAGGUGCCAGGGUAGAAAGGGGGAACCUGGCUCAGGACUUAGAAACUGUCACCGCUGUCAUGGUACUGGAAAUGUGGUGAGUCAGGUGGGUUGGUACCACGUGCAACAAGAAUGUCCCACGUGCAACGGAGAGGGUCAGAUAAUCACUCAGAAGUGCAAGUCUUGUCACGGCAAGGGAACGUCAACUGUUUCGGAGGAGGCCCAGAUUAAUAUCCCUUCCGGAAUUACCGACGGCACAACAGUACGGUAUCGCACGAAAGGAGGCACUGAUAUCGGAAUCGCUGUGCAGGUUGAACAAAGUCCGCUGUUCUCCAGAAAAGAUCUGGACGUUAUAAGUACAGUCGAUGUCGACAUGGCCACGGCGAUCUUGGGAGGAAUACAGACAGUAACUGGACUCUCCGGCCGGAUAGAUGUUAAGAUCCCAGCUGACACUCAACCAGGAGGCUCGUUACGGCUGGUUGGGAAAGGUAUCAGCGAUAAAAUCACAUACCGAGGUGUGGGUAACCACGUUCUCAAGAUCAACGUUACUCUUCCCAGGAACCUGUCAACCCAACAGAAGUUGCUACUUCGAGCUUUUGACGGAAAACUGGACAAUCCUAACGAACUUAUAAAAUCCCUCGGUGGAUCAGCCUACGAAGAGUCUCAGUACAGUGCAUCAACGAGCUCAAACUCAGAAAGCGAAUCUUCGACUUCUGACGAAACUACGGAUAAAAAAGAUGAUGAAAUAAAAGAAAACACCACACAUGAAACCAACUCUGAAAAGGAAACUGAACGCGAAGAAUCGACUUCUACGGAGGAGUCAGAAGCCGCCUGGACUCGCAGAGCAGUCACUAACUCAGCAAUCGUAUUAUGGGGCUUUAUAGUCUGCUUCAUGACCUAUGAAUAUCUAAUCGAGCCGAAUCUAAGGAGAGUGAGCAGGAGCACAAAUCAUGACUCUGAGAUCCGGUAAAACAGAUUUUCUAAAUAACAUUAUUACUCGACGCCGGACUGCAGUACUCUUCUACUUUAACCGUCAGUUUUCUACAUACAACAACGCAGCUUUUUUGGGCUACAUCGAAUUUAAAGGCUUGGUGUUGGACUAUGAACUUUGAACUAGGUAUUGGGGAUGUAAAGCACGUAUAUGCUAUUGGGAAAUUGGGAAAAUUUUAUGUACACGUAUUAGUGAAAUUAGCAAAUUGAUGCUCCCUACCGGGCCUCCUCCUUGAAUUAUGUAUCAUCAAUUAUUUUUGAGUCGCUGUAAACUUCUCCUUAAAAUUUGAAGUGUGCUGAUUAUUUUCAUGUUCGAUUUUUCCAGGAUGGUGCUCCAUUUUUUGUCAGGGUAUAAGCUGUUUUAAUCUGUGGAAAAUGUUUUUAAGAUUAAUUUAUUUUUUACAGGAACUAC